CCCUCCGCCUCACCGCGCGACAGGAAGUUGGGAUGAAAACAAGAGCGGAAGCUGAAUUUAUCCUAAAAAAUGGAGUAAAAAGAUAAAGCAGCAGUUUUGUGGAGGAGCAGCUUGUGGUCGGAGGAUGUCUAACGCGGCUCGGAGCGGGGACAUCAUCCACCUGAACGUCGGCGGAAAGCGGUUCAGCACCUCCCGACAGACUCUGACGUGGGUCCCUGACUCCUUUUUCUCAAGUCUUCUGAGCGGUCGCAUCUCGACUCUGAAGGAUGAAACCGGAGCUAUCUUCAUCGACAGGGACCCCUCUCUGUUCGCCACCAUACUCAACUUCCUGCGGACCAAAGAGCUGUACCCCCGCUCCAUCAACGUGCACAUGCUCAUGCACGAGGCCGAGUUCUACGGCAUCACGCCGCUGGUGCGAAAGCUGCAGCUGUGUGACGAGCUGGACCGAUCCUCCUGCGGAAACGUGCUGUUUAACGGCUACCUGCCUCCACCAGUGUACCCGGCGAAGCGCCGUAAUCGUCAUAGUGUGGCGGGAUCGCAGUUCAUGGCGGGACGAAUGGCGCCGGCAGAAAGAGCACCGGUCAGACGCAGCAACACGAUGCCCCCCAACCUGGGGAACUCUGGGAUACUGGGCCGAGCGAGCGCCGAGGAGAGGACGCCUGGAGGUCAGUUAUCAGACACCGGCAUGGUUCGGAUCAUCUGUGGUCAUCACAACUGGAUCGCUGUGGCGUACGCACAGUUCGUUGUCUGUUACAGGGUGAAGGAGUCCACCGGGUGGCAGCAGGUCUUCACGUCUCCUCGUCUGGAUUGGGUGAUCGAUAGAGUCGCUCUCAAUGCCAAAGUGAUGGCGGGCUCGCUGGGAGACAACGAUAAGAUGGUGGCGGUGGCCUCGGGGACGGAGAUCAUCCUGUGGGCCAUCUGUCCUGACGGCAACGGGAACGAAAUCGGCGUCUUCAGCCUCAACGUGCCGGUGGAGGCUCUCUUCUUCGUUGGUAACCAGCUGAUCGCCACCAGCCACACGGGGAAGGUCGGGGUUUGGAACGCCGUCACCAAACACUGGCAGAAUCAGGACGUUGUUCCCAUCAGCAGCUACGACACCGCCGGCUCCUUCCUCAUCCUCGGCUGCAACAACGGAUCCAUCUAUUACAUCGACGUGCAGAAGUUCCCUCUCAGGAUGAAGGAUAACGACCUGCUGGUGACGGAGCUGUACAGAGACCCGACUGAGGACGCCAUCACCGCCCUCAGCGUCUACCUGACUCCUAAAACCAGUGACAGCGGGAACUGGAUAGAGAUCGCGUACGGGACCAGCUCAGGGACGGUUCGGGUCAUCGUUCAGCACCCGGAGACGGUCGGCUCGGGCCCGCAGCUCUUCCAGACCUUCUCUGUCCACCGCAGCCCCGUCACCAAGAUCAUGCUGUCCGAGAAACACCUCAUCUCAGUUUGUGCCGACAACAACCACGUGCGGACGUGGACGGUGACGCGCUUCAGAGGGAUGAUCUCCACCCAGCCGGGGUCCACGCCGCUCACCUCCUUCAAGAUCCUCAGCCUGGACGACGUGGACGGACACGGAGGCUGCAGCGCCGGGACGGAGAUAGGAGUUACAGUGAGCAGAGGGCCGUCCGCUGUUCGGGUCUGA